UCUCAAAUAGGAAUUCACCAAGGAACUUGAGCUAUUUUCCUAAAGCCUCUUCUCCAAAAGUUCAUCAGAUCAACCAUCUCGUUAUCUUUUGAUCUCUCACAUAUAUAGCUGCAGCACAGAAUUUCUCAAUCAGUCUUAUGGAAAGAACCGAAAGCAUCCCACUACAGCCACCAACUUAUGGAAACCUAAUCACUGUUCUAAGCAUUGAUGGAGGUGGAAUAAGAGCGCUUAUCCCAGGAACAAUCCUUGCUUUUCUUGAAUCCGAGCUUCAGAAGCUGGAUGGGGAAGAUGUAAGACUCGCCGACUACUUUGAUGUGAUUUCAGGGACAAGCACAGGAGGUCUUGUGACUGCCAUGCUUACAACCCCAGAUGAGAAUAACAGACCGAUGUUUGCUGCUAAAGAUAUAAAGAACUUCUACCUUACUCAUAGCCCCAAAAUCUUCCCCCAGAAGACAUGGUGGCUAUUUCCUCGUCUUAUAAACAUCAUCAAAUCUCUAGUAGGACCAAAAUACGAUGGGAAGUAUCUACAUAGCUUGAUUAGGGAAAAACUUGGUGACAAGAAACUGCAUCAGACAUUGACUAAUGUUGUCAUUCCUGCGUUUGAUAUAAAGAAUCUCCAGACAACAAUCUUUUCCAGCUUUGAGGUGAAAAAGAAGCCAUCCUUUGAUGCUUUGCUUUCAGACAUAAGCAUCGCAACCUCAGCAGCACCAACUUAUCUUCCAGCUCAUUAUUUUAAAACCAAGGACGCGGAAGGCAAAGUAAGAGAAUUCAACCUUAUAGAUGGUGGUGUAGCUGCAAAUAAUCCGACUCUAGUUGCUAUUGGUGAAGUUACAAAGGAAAUAAUCAAGGGGAGCUCCGAUUUUUUCCCUAUAAAACCCAUGGACUAUGGAAGGUUUUUGGUUAUAUCAUUAGGAACCGGCUCACCAAAAAUUGAAUUGAAGUACAAUGCGCCGAGCGCAGCUAAAUGGGGUAUCUUGAAUUGGUUAACCAGCGGUGGUUCCACUCCAAUCAUUAACAUUUUUAGUCAUGCAAGUGCCGAUAUGGUCGAUCUUCACCUUUCUGAAGUCUUCCAAGCCCUUCACUCAGAGAGAAAUUAUCUUCGAAUUCAGGAUGAUACGCUAAGUGGACAAGUAUCUUCGGUGGAUGUAGCCACAAAGAAAAAUUUGAACGAUCUCCUAGGAGUUGGAGAAGGCCUAUUGAAGAAACCAGUGUCUAGGGUUAAUUUGGAGAAUGGCAGAUUUGAGGCUUCCAAUCAUGAGACCAACGAAGAGGCUCUUAUAAGGUUUGCAAAACUACUCUCUGAAGAGAAGGGGCUUCGCCUUGCAAGGUCGCCCCACGGAAAAUGUGGCAUGCCCAUGCCGAACUCCCAUUGAUACAUAUUAUAUCCAAAAAUUCUGAAUGCCUCUAUACAUAUAUGUUACACAAACAGACUUUUCUAUUCUUUCAUUUGCAUUAACUGUUUAAGUAGCAGUUUCUUGUAGUUCAAGGUAUGGGGGAAAAUGAUCCAACAUACUUGAUCAUUCUUUAAUUCUUUGUAUUGAAAUAAAACCCUGAUAGGCGGGGAAACAAUUGUUGUGUAUAUUGUAACACGUCGAUAUCAAUAAUUCUUCUAUUCCAGAAAUAUGGAUUAUUUAUA